GCGAAAGAUAACAAUGAUUUUUAAUAAGAUUAUCUGUUCUAACUUUUAUUAAUGGAAAUGUUGAAAUAAAGUAUUUUCAUUUUCAGAUUUAGUUCAUCACAGCAAAGGAUUGUUGCCUAACCGCGAAGAAGCUUACUAGUUCUUUACCAUGGCUAAAAUUAUGGUUUUUCUUUCGUUCCUGCUCGGAACGGUAUUGGUAACUGUAGAUACUUUCCCAUCAGCCGAUUCUCAAUCCGACUUCACAUGGGCUCCACGAUGUCCAACGUCAUCCUCUGGAAAGAUUCCUCGCUUGAUACCGGAUCCCACUAACUGCAGAAGUGCCUUCAUAUGCAGUGACAAAGGGCCUCUCAGGUACUUUUGCCCCAGAGGACUCGUCUUCCACGCCACAGAACAAGAAUGCGUUCUGCACAAAUCCUGCAUAAAAGAAUCUGAUGAAUAUACAGCAUUCAUGUCCUGUCCGGAGAAAAACGGAAGAGACAUUGUUUCAUUUGCGCAUCCCACAGACUGCCAAAUGUAUUACUUGUGCGACCACGGGAUUGCUUACCCGAGGCGAUGUCCUUCCGAUCUGCAUUACAACCCGGAGUUGAGAGUCUGUGAUUUUUCAUGGAGAGCGAACUGCAAAGCACGUUUUCUUUCGCUGCAGCCAUGAUAAUAGUCAGAGUACCUAAGAAAAAAGGAAGAAAAAGUUUUAUCUUUUCUUCUGAGAAUGGCUUUAAUUUACAAGAAAGAAGACUUUUAGAAACUUUUCGAAAAAUGUAGCAUGAGGAGAUCACAUUCAUAACUCACAAUAUUUAAAUUUCAUCUCAUUUCACAUCCUUUAUAUGUUGUUUGUUUAUCUUUUUUUUUAUUUCAAUAAACUAUAUCGUCAGUU